AUGAUCAAUGACCUCCCGCCGCCACGGUACUCUCCCGCGUCAAUUUCGCCUCCCGCCGUCGUAUUGCCCCCACGACACUGCUGCUUGGCGGGAGACGUCGAGGGCGGGGUCGACGCUGGAGUUGCGUCGGGGGUCAAAGCGUCUGCCGGAGACGACGGGGGGAAGACGUACUACUGGUCUUCGCGCGUGGGUAGAUCUCGGCAUGUCUGUGAGCCCCGUAUCGCAGCCGUCUCCUCUCUGGCAGGAGCUGGACUGUUGUGCAUAUUUGGCAACGACGAGCAUUUGGAAUUCGACAUAUCCCUCUGUGCUAGACAGCCCUCCUGA